AUGCCGCGGCCGAGCCCGGGGGGUCCCGGGGGUCCCGGCGGCCCCGAGCCCCGCAAGGCGCGGGGCAGGCCCCGCCUGACGGACACGGACCGCGCGCGGCGGCGCCUGGAGUCGCGCAAGAAGUACGACGUGCGGCGCGUGUACCUGGGCGAGGCGCACGGGCCCUGGGUGGAGCUGCGGCGCCGCAGCGGAUGGAGCGACGCCAAGCUGGCGGCCUACCUGCUGGGGCUGGAGCGGGGCCAGCGCGCCGGCCGCCGCGGCAAACCCUGGGAGCAGCUCCCGAAAAAACCCAAACGCAAGAAACGGCGCCGGCGGAACGUGAACUGCCUGCGGCACGCGGUGCUGUGGUACGAGGACCACGGGCAGCGCUGCCCGUACGAGCCGCGCCUGGCCGAGCUGGAGCCCGCGCUGGGGCUGCCGUGCGCGGCCGUGUGGCAGUGCGAGCGCGGCCACCGCUACUUCCAGGACCUGCAGCCGCCGCCGCGCCCGCGCCGCGCCUCCGACGGCGACGACGCCUCCGCCUCUUCCUCCUCCUCCUGCUCCUCCUCCUCCUCCUCCUCCUCGGGGGGCUGCAGCUCGCGCUCUGAGGCGGCCGCGGGCGGGGGUCCCGCCCCGCCCGGGGGUCCCGGCCCCCCCGGGGGUCCCGAGGCGCUGGGGGGCGGUGGUCUGCGUGCCCCUGCCCCUGGCCCUGCCGCGGGGCCCCCCCCUGCUGCUCCUGGCCGGGCCCCCCUGCGAGGGGCUGGGGGGGCUGCAGCUGGGGCUGGGGGGGCACGAGCUGCUGCUGGGGGCGGGGGGCGGCCUCGCCCAGCCCCCCCCGGAGCCCCCCCCGGCCAAGACAGAGGAGGAGCCGCUGCUGAGGCUGAAGCAGGAGGAGCUGCCCCCCCCCGCCGAGCCCCCCCCUCCGGAGCCCCCCCCGGGGAGCCCCCCCGGGACCCCUCCCCAAUUGAGGAGCCCGAGGGGCCGACGAUCAUCUACGAGAUCCCCAAAGAGCCAGAGAGGCGCCGGCGGAGCCGGAGGGGCCGCGCCCCCUCCCCAGAGCCCGAGGACUCCCCCGAGACCCCCGAGGAGCCCCCCGGGUGCCCCCGCGGGCAGGGGGGCAGCGCUGCCAGCGGCUGCCAGAGCCCCCCGGGCCCGGAGCAGCGCGGGGGUCUCAGCCAGGUGAGCCCCCGGCCCGGCUGUGGGCGGAGCCUCCACCCGGCCAAGCACCUGCGGCGCCAGCGGGGCGUGGCCUCAGGCCCGCGGCAGUUCUCCUGCGGCACCUGCGGCAAGGCCUUCAAGCGCAAGAACCACCUGGAGGUGCACGGGAGGACCCACACCGGGGAGACCCCCCUGCAGGUGUGCGGGUUCCGCUGCCGCCAGCGGGCCUCCCUCACCUGGCACAUGCGGAGGCACGGGGGGCUGCAGGGCGCCCCCGAGCCCCGCGGCACCUAGCGAGCCCCCAGACUCACCUGGGAGCCCCCAGACUCACCUCGCACCCCCCGGGCUCGUCUGGGAGCCCCUGGGCUCAUCUGGAUCCACCUGGGACCACCCCGGAUUCACCUGGGACCCUCGUGAUUCACCUGGGACCCCAGACUCACCUGGAGCCCCCCCGGACUCACCUGGAUCCACCUGGGACCACCCCGGAUUCACCUGGGACCCCAGACUCACCUGGCACCCCCAGAAUCAUCUGGGACCCCCCGGACUCACCUGGAUCCACCUGUGACCCUCUGGAUUCACCUGGACCCCAGACUCACCUGGGACCCCCCAGACUCACCUGGGAGCCCCCAGACUCACCUGGGAUCCCCCUGGAUUCAUCUGGGUCCCCCUUGGAUUCACCUGGAGCCCCCCAGACUCACCUGUCCCGUCCCCCCCCGAGGUGUCCCUGUGCCCCCCCCUCACCUUUUAUUUAUUUCCUUUUUCUCUCUUGCCCCCCCCACCGUGGGGACACCUGGGGGUUUU